UACGCCGCAGUCACAGCCUGACAUAUCCAACAUGGCCAUCUGGGACACAUUAACAGGGCGCAAGUCCAAGGAGACGGCACCGGCAGCGCCGCAGAAUAGCGACUUUGUAAAAGAAGAUACCUUCCAGCCCACACCCUUCGACCCGACUACGGCAAUCCAAAAUCCCUCCGAGUUCCUCCUCGACCCCUCACAACUGCAUCCGCUCGCCGGGCUCAACCAAGGCACUCUCGACUACCUCUCGCUUGAAGACCAACUCCCAUCCGAUCUUCCUGGCGCACAAUCCGCCCUGCCUUCGCGCGGCUGGUCAGACGACUUGUGCUAUGGCACCGGAGUAUGUUAUCUGUCGGCGCUGACGAUUGGUGGCGCAUGGGGACUUGCCGAGGGACUUCAGAAGAACCCGCCUAGCAUGCCACCGCGGUUGCGGCUCAACGGCGUGCUCAACGCGAUAACGCGGAGAGGCCCUUUUCUGGGCAACAGCGCGGGCGUGAUUGCCAUGGUGUACAACGGAAUCAACAGCACCAUUGGCUACUACCGGGGAAAGCACGAGAUGAGCAACAGCAUAGUGGCGGGCGCCCUGAGCGGUGCCCUCUUCAAGAGCACAAGAGGGACAAGGCAAAUGGCCAUUAGCUCGGGAAUCUGCGCCACAGUAGCUGGAAGCUGGGCGAUAACACGCCGAGUCUUCUUCGAGCCGGACCCGAAAUCGGACUAAUGUAGAAGACGGCUAUCUCUUGAGCUACAUAUGCCCGUCAUGGUGUGCAGUCGAUUUGUUGCAAUACUUGUCGUGGCCAUGUUCUUUUUUUUUCUCGCGUUCGGCAUUAUUUGCAUCUAUACGGUCGAUGUUGGCGCAUCCCCUCACCACUCUACGGGCACACUGCUGCCCACUGUACAAUAAGCUGGCGUUCCUGGAUGAAGACCGCAUGAGGUUUAGAGAAAAACGGCAUGGUGUUGGGCUUCUGGGUCUUUUGGGCGACUAGCUGUGUACUGUACUGUAUGUAAGACGAACC